UCACGACUUACCUUAGAAAUACAUUUUUUGUAUGUACCUGUCAUUUACUAUAUAUUAUUCUCAAUCUCAUCUUCAUCAUUCUCUCUUUAUAUAAAGCAAAGCAAACACUCCGUUGUCUCCGCCGCAUGUACUCCCCCACUCUCCCAAAAAAAACACAAUUUUUCGAAAUAAUAACGUUAUGGAAAUAAAAAUGUGUACAUUUCCGGCAACUAAACGCCAUGCAUGUCUCGUGUUAUCUCUCAUUUUUCCGGCCAUCUCCGCCGUCAACGGCCAGGUCGGCGCAACUCCGGGGACGCCGGACCCCUACCCCUACGCGAAGUUCAGCCCUUCAAUGGCUAUAAUUAUUGCUGUCUUAGUGACGGCACUUUUUUUCAUGGGAUUUUUUUCUAUUUAUAUACGGCGCUGCUCUCAGUCGAGCGAGGGGAGCGUGCGGGCCACGCUCUCCAUGCGGUCCCGACGCGCUGCUGCGGCGCGUGGGCUGGACGCGACGGCCAUCGACGCGCUUCCGACGCUUGCUUACUCGGAGGUGAAGGGCUUGCAUGUCGGGAAAGGCGCGUUGGAAUGUGCGGUUUGUUUGAAUGAAUUUGAGGAUGAGGAGACUUUGCGCUUGCUUCCCAAAUGUGACCAUGUUUUUCAUUUGGAGUGUAUUGAUAUGUGGCUAGCUUCUCAUACUACAUGUCCGGUUUGCCGAGCCGAUCUUGUACCAGUUGCUGGUGAACCGGUGGAGCAGCCGCGAGAAUCGCCGGUUUCGGGUUUGGUUCAUGAGGGAGAUCAUGUGGUGGAGAGUGAUCAGCCACGGGGAGAAGUUCAUGUAACGAUUGUGCCUGAUGAAAAUCAAGAAAAGCCUACUAGUUAUUUGCUGGAGAUGCCUAAACCGGAUGUGAUGAAGCGAGCCGGCAGUGUGAAAGUGAACCGGCCGCCAAGAUCCGGUUCAGUCCGGUCCAAGUUAGCUGAGUUUGGAAAUUUGUUUCCCCGAUCACACUCAACCGGCCACUCUUUGGUUCAACAAGGUGAGAAUGUGGACCGUUACACAUUGCGAUUGCCCGAAGAGUUGAGAAACACAAUAAUCAAGAGAUCAUUGGAACGGACCGGAAGUUGUGCUGCCUCGAGUUCUCACGAUGAGGGAUCAAAUAAAGGCGGAAGAUCUUAUAAACGAAUGGACAGUGUAGAGGGUAAAUCAGACCGGUGGACAUUCUCUAGAAUGCCGUCAUUCUUGUCGAGAGCGUUGUCGACGAGAUCAAAGGUGGUGGCCGGUGAUGGCGAGGCAUCGGCAUCUUCUGAACCGGGUUCGGUUAAAAAUGAUAAGACCGGUUCAAAAGACAAUGACCCGGCUAAGUUGCCGGUUUAAUUUAAGGGCCCGUUUUGGUUGUUAAAGGUGGUUGUACAAAUCGGCAAAGAAUGCAAGGUGGAUAGUAUUUUAUUGGCCACGUCAACAACUGGGGCCCACUCACGACAAACGGCUCGAUGGGCUGUUCAAAGAGGAGGCGAAUCUGCAAAUUGCAAUUGUGUCGGGGCUCGGUGAUAGUUGAGCCACUCAAAAAAUUCUCACUUGAAACCUUUUCGUUUUAAAAUAUUUUCAAAAGAUUAAAAUAUACAUUUUUUCCUUGGUAAAAUUUUUGAAAUGCGUUUUGAGUGGAUGUACAUAUUGUAUGCAUGUUGUUGUUUGUAAAUAACGAAACAUAUGAAUCUCAUUCUUGUUGCUUUUGGUACGUUGUUCUCGGUCACGGAAUCAAUGAAAUUCUUUUAACCA